UACGCAAGGAGGUGUGGCUAGCUAGCUUCGUUGAGCCGACUCGUUCACCCAUUGGAUUUACAAUUCAUGUUGUUCCCAAUUAAGAAUUGACCAACUGCGGCGAGAAUGGCCCUUCAUAGAAAUAACAGAAUUAGCUCGAGAUGUAUGGAAUCUUUGAAGAACGGUGUAUCUGCAGGAGGACCUGAUAUCAAAGAAGAUGAAGUACACGUGCGUGAAUUCAAGUCUGAUAUUUACAAGACAAAUGGAGGCCAUUUUGAGGAAUCGUUUGAGGAGGCGGCUCUGGUGACGGCCUUCCUGGCGUACCUUAGUUAUCUUGUCCUGUCUCUGGUGGGAUACAUUCAGGAUGCACUGAGGGAUAUUGGACUUGGAAAAAGCCUAGCUGCUCAAGAGUCACCAAAGCUAAAGUCCUUCGUGCCGCUGUACCAAGACUUUGAUAGCUUCUUCACGCGCCAUGUCUACAGGAAAAUACGGGACAACUGGAAUGUGCCGAUCGCCAGUGCACCCACUGCACGGUUUGAUCUGAUGGGCAGAUCCAGCGAAGACCACUACUGGACUUUCAAAGCUACUGGCGAAACUCAUAGUGCAAUUAACAUUGGAUCGUACAACUACCUCGGUUUUGCUGAACAAGGUGGGCCUGGGAUGGAAUCCAUCGAGAACUCAACCCUCUCUUAUGGGAGUGGAGUAUGCAGUACACGCCAAGAAUUAGGUAAUCUGGAUAUCCACAGAGAGUUGGAGACUCGUAUAGCUGAGUUCUGUGGGCAGGAGGAUGCCAUGAUGUAUGGCAUGGGGUUCGCAACCAAUGCUCUCAACAUUCCUACUCUCAUGGGAAAGGGUUGCUUGGUAGUCAGCGACAGACUCAACCAUGCGUCCCUUGUGUUGGGAAUCAGAUUGUCUGGUGCUUCUGUCAAAGUGUUUGAACAUAACAACAUGGAAAGCUUGGAGAAGUUGUUGAAGAAGGCCAUCAUCGAGGGUCAACCAAGGACGCAGAGACCAUGGAAGAAAAUUCUUAUUGUUGUCGAGGGCAUUUACAGUAUGGAGGGUUCAAUUGUGAGGCUACCUGAGCUAAUGGCCUUGAAGAAGAAGUACAAGUGCUACCUUUACCUUGACGAGGCACACAGUAUCGGAGCCAUUGGACCCACCGGUCGAGGGGUGGUGGAGUACUUUGGUUUGGAUCCUCGGGACGUUGACGUUAUGAUGGGAACGUUCACCAAGAGCUUUGGUGCAUCCGGUGGCUACAUCGCAGGGUCAAAGAAUCUGAUUGAUCACCUCCGGAUACACUCUCACAGCUCGGCCUACUCCAGCUCCACUUCAGCCCCUGUUGUAGAACAGAUCCUGAGGACAGUCAAGAUCAUCAUGGGAGAAGAUGGGUCCACAGAAGGUCAAAAGAGAAUCCGAGCACUGAAAAGAAAUACCCAGUACUUCAGGAGACGCCUUCGUGACCUGGGAUUCCUCACCUACGGGAAUGUGGACUCCCCUGUUGUUCCGUUGCUGCUGUACUACCCUUCAAAACUAGCGGCGUUUGCACGGGAAUGUCGUAAGCGUGGUCUGGCUGUGGUCAUCGUGGGUUUCCCGGCUACUCCUAUCAUUGAGGCUAGAGCAAGGAUCUGCCUUUCUGCUUCACACACCAUAGAGAUGCUGGAUGAGGCUUUAUCGAUAAUAGAUGAAGUUGGUGACCUGCUGGAUGUGAAAUAUUCAAGACGUUCAUUGAUGAAGCGGGAGCUAAAUGGGAACUGCCAAACUUAGUUUCAAGAGAUGCUGCCAUCUGCCAAACCAAACAAAUAAUCAACUUCAUAAAGAACUCACAGACCUCUUAGCACAACUCGGUUUGUUACUCGAAAUUAUUGUUAUUUAAUUUUACUUUAUUAAUGGUGUGUAAGCGACACUUUAAACUUCAUAAUGGUGUUCAUUUAGAUCAGAGUAUAUAUAUAUAUAUAUAUAUAUUUUGAUUACAGAAGCGCUUCUUUGCCCUAAUAGGGCUGGCUUCUAGUCAUCAUGAUACAGCUGACUAACUAAAGUUAUAAUGCAACAAUUGUCUGUGAACAAUAAUGUACACUUUUAAUUAGAAGUGUUAUGUCAUUGAUACGCCAGGUAGAUGUAUUCAUGUAAAGUUGUGAUUAAGUAUACAGUGAAUGACCCGCACCGACUCUAGAAAUAUGAAACCCCUCCACUCUCAAUCAGUCUCCAAACCUAUGAAUAGGUUGUUGACGUGAGUAUCAUUAAUAUUGAUAUUGGAACUGUCUGCAUACCAAGCGGGACACCUGUAUGAAUUGUAUUAAUUUCAGGUACCGUCUCCUAAUUACCGGUAAGUUGAAACACCCACUGGGCUUUAGUCUAUACAGUAGUGAUGAAUACACAAUCCAAACCCCCCACAUUUCAGUGAACUUUCACCCUUAUUUCUGUGCUAGUAAAAUUUAUACUUAUGUUUACUCUAUUCUUUUUCAAUAACAUUGACAUUUGGCUAGCCUAGCACGGCAUGGGCAAAGAAAUUAUUAAGUGGUGGUCUAAAGCAUUUUGACUAAAACUGCUUGCCACUACAGUCCUGUGAAAACCAUUUGUUUAGUUUACUAUUCCAUCUAAACCGUUUCUCAGGUUUAUCAUAAUUGUCUCAUAAAUCGUGUUAUUGGUAACUUGUGGAUACAUCUGAGUGCAAAAUAUUAGGUCUAUGUUU